UUCAAAAAAAAAUACUAUCAUUAUUUUAUAUUUUUUAUAGUGGUGGAACGUUAACUGAUAAUAUUUACUAAAAUUUUCCCACUCUUCAUAAUGAGCUAGAAAAAAAAUAUUUAUUAAAAAUCGACUCGUAAGCUAGCGUAUACAGUCGUCCCUUUCACAGUCUCUAUAGUCACCCUUAUCCAAUAAGUACUAAGUACCUGGUACUUACAUUCACGGACGUUCAACGCAUAUCUGAAAAUAAAUAUGUCGGAUUCAUCAGCAUGUUCAUUUUUCGACAGUCCUGCUAGAUUACACUCGCCUUCAAUUUCACCGCCAUUAUUUCCCGAAUCAUACGACUACGAACACUAUACACUAAAUAUUAAUAAUGUUACCGAUGACGGAGACAGGACAUUAGAUUUUGACCCAAAUAAGCCUUUUCCAUGGCGCUCACCUCAUUCGGAUGAAACACAUGUAUCCGAUUAUGAGAUACUAAGUCCUUAUUCAAAUGAUGCGCAGUCUUUCCAUUGGUCAAAUGGUCCAUGGCGUGAUGACGAAUUGCAUUGGAAAAAAAAAAUUUUACAGAGAUUUCUGUAAAAAUACUGCAUACUUACUCUAAAAAAUAUACAAU